GCCUCCCGCCGCCGUGGGUAGUUUGGCGGAGCCGGCCGCCGCGCCUCCCCUCGCCCCGCCGCCGCCGCGCCCGGCCGCUGGGCAGCGCCUGACCGGGGCCAUGUCGCUCCUCCAGUCCGCCCUGGACUUCCUGGCCGGGCCCGGCUCGCUGGGGGCCGCCAGCCGCGACCAGAACGACUUCGUGGGGCAGACGGUGGAGAUGGGUGACAUGAAGCUGCGCAUCAAGCGGGUCAUCGCGGAGGGUGGUUUUGCUUUUGUCUAUGAAGCUCAAGAUCUUGGAAGUGGAAAAGAUUAUGCUUUAAAGCGAUUGUUGUCUAAUGAAGAAGAAAAGAACAAAGCCAUCAUUCAGGAAGUUUGUUUUAUGAAAAAACUUUCAGGUCAUCCCAACAUUGUCCAGUUCUGCUCUGCUGCAUCUAUAGGAAAAGAAGAAUCAGACACAGGACAGGGAGAGUUCCUUCUGCUUACUGAACUAUGUAAAGGACAGCUGGUGGAGUUCUUGAAGAAAGUAGAAUCCAAAGGACCUAUCUCCUGUGAUACAGUUUUGAAGAUCUUUUAUCAGACCUGCAGAGCAGUGCAGCAUAUGCAUAAACAGAAGCCUCCUAUUAUGCACAGAGAUUUAAAGGUGGAAAACUUGCUUAUUAGUAAUCAAGGGACAAUUAAACUUUGUGACUUCGGUAGUGCUACAACUAUAGCUUAUUAUCCUGACUAUAACUGGUCUGCACAGAAGAGAGCAUUGGUUGAAGAAGAGAUUACAAGGAAUACCACACCAAUGUACAGGGCACCAGAGAUGAUAGACUUGUAUUCAAAUUUUCCAAUUGGUGAAAAACAAGACAUAUGGGCUCUGGGCUGUAUCCUGUACUUAUUGUGCUUCCGGCAACAUCCGUUUGAAGAUGGAGCUAAACUUCGCAUAGUCAAUGGGAAAUACGUCAUUCCCCAGAAUGACACCCGCUAUACAGUGUUUCAUGAUCUCAUUCGUUGCAAUUUGAAGGUGAACCCAGAGGAGAGGUUGUCAAUCACUGAACUUGUGAAUCAGUUGCAGGAGGUUGCGGCGGCCAGGAAUGUGAAUCCUAAAUCUCCUAUCACAGAGCUUCUGGAACAAAAUGGAGGCUAUGGAAACAAUGCUCAGCCUCGAACGUCUACGAACUCAGUUUUACAGAGCUCGAAGCCUGCAGGACAGCUCAACAAUAUGUAUAAUGCAGGCCUGACUGUUGCGGAAUGUGACCAGACUUAUGGAGGGUUCUUUGAUAUUCUGAGGGGUGGAACAGAGCGAUUUUUCACUAAUAUUAAGGAUACAUCUUCUAAAGUUAUCCAGUCUGUGGCCAAUUAUGCAAAAGGAGACCUGGAUAUAUCAUACAUCACUUCCAGAAUUGCUGUGAUGUCCUUUCCAGCAGAAGGUGUAGAAUCUGCCAUCAAAAAUAACAUAGAAGAUGUGCGGUUAUGUUUAGACUCUAAACACCCUGGUCACUAUGCUGUGUACAAUCUUUCUCCAAGAACAUACAGACCUUCAAGAUUCCAUAAUAGGGUUUCUGAAUGUGGCUGGCCUGCAAGACGAGCACCAAAUCUUCAGAACCUUUAUAGCAUAUGCAAGAACAUGCAUUUAUGGCUGAAACAAGAUCAGAAAAAUGUUUGCAUUGUGCACUGUCUUGAUGGAAGAGCAGCAUCUGCUGUUGUAGUUUGUUCUUUUCUAUGUUUCUGUCGUCUCUUCACUACUGCUGAGGCUGCAGUUUAUAUGUUCAGUAUGAAACGCUGUCCUCCUGGCAUUUGGCCUUCUCAUAAAAGAUACAUUGAAUACAUGUGUGACAUGAUGGCUGAAGAACCCAUUAUUCCUCAUAGCAAGCCGAUCUUCGUCAAAUCAAUCACUAUGACUCCAGUUCCACUUUUCAGUAAGCAGCGCAAUGGCUGCAGGCCUUUCUGUGAAGUUUAUGUGGGGGAUGAGAGAGUGACCACUACCUCCCAGGAAUAUGACAAAAUGAAAGAGUUCAAAAUUGAAGAUGGGAAAGCAAUAAUUCCACUAGGAAUAACAGUCCAAGGGGAUGUUCUCAUUGUGAUAUAUCAUGCCAGGUCGACACUAGGAGGCAGGCUGCAAGCUAAGAUGGCUUCAAUGAAGAUGUUCCAGAUUCAAUUCCACACAGGUUUUGUGCCCCGAAAUGCCACCACAGUGAAAUUUGCCAAGUAUGAUCUGGAUGCUUGUGACAUUCAAGAAAAAUAUCCUGAUUUAUUUCAAGUCAAUUUGGAAGUGGAAGUGGAGCCCAGAGAUAGACCUAGCUGUGAACAGCCACCGUGGGAUAACAUGAACAUAAAGGGACUGAAUCCAAAGAUCCUUUUCUCAACCCGAGAGGAACAACAAGAAAUCUUAUCAAAAUUUGGAAAACCAGAGCUGCCUAGACAGCCAGGUUCAACUGCACAAUAUGAAGCAGAAGCAUCACAACUGGAGCAAUCUUCAGAAAGCAUACCUACUGAGACGGAAUCACCACACAGUAGUAGUACUGAUGCAAAUAACUUCUUUCAUUCUCUGGACUGGAAAGAUGGAAAAAGUUCAGAAAGUGGAGUAGAGGACAAUUCUUCCAAAAAUGAUCAUGUUCAACUAACUGAUGACAAGGAGGAGAGUGAUCCUUCCGAUGAGGAAUUCUCUACGUUUUCGGGAGAAGAAAGAGUGGUAACUGAUGAAAAAGACUCUACUACUCCAGAAGGAGAGUUGCUUUUUGAAGCCAGUUUUGAAACACCACCUACACUGUUACAAAAACCUGUUUCUGAAGAGAAUGUAGAUUUACUGGGACUAGACUCUGAUGUUUUACCAGAACAGAAACAGCCUAUCUCAGAAAUAAAUUCUUCAUCAAGCAAUGCAGACUUAUUGAACAGUCUUUUUGUGGGUGACACAUCACAGAUUUCAGAAGAGUCCACUGGAGAUCUUCUGGGACAAGGAACAGAUUUCUUUUUCAGUCAGGUUCAGCAUCCAGUUGCUGCUCAGACUACAUCUUCAGCAACAGCUGUAUCUUCUGUUGAUCCUUUUGAUCCAUUCACAAUGUCAUCAAGUCCUGAAAAUUCAACGGUGCCUGGUCCAGACCUCUUUGGAGAUUUCCUUAAUCCAAAUUCAACAUCUACGUCAAGUACAUUUCCUUCCACACACAGUUCACUUCCACCUUCUUCCAGCUCAGACUUCUUAAACUUAGGAAAUUUAACAGCAGAACCACCUAAAAUAUCAUCAUCUUCAAGCCAGCCUGAUCUCUUAGGUGGAUGGGAUUCUUGGGUAGAGUCCUCAACAGCUAGCAAUGUGACAUCAUCACAACUGAAGACAACUCUGUUUGAAGGUCAAGCUUUUACCACAGGGAGCCAGUCCAGUGUAUCUUCAGGUCCAUCUUUCAGCCAAGCUAAAUCUCAAAACUUCGACCCUUUUGCUGAUCUUGCCAACCUUGGAUCUAGUCUUCCAGGUCCCUCCAGUGGUGGAUUCCCAACUAGCGGGUUUGGUCAGAAGUCUGCUUCAUCUCAGAAGUCAGGAAAUCAGUGGCAGAAAAACACAAAACCACAGAGUACUUCGUGGCAGUCCCAAACUAAACCCAGCACACCAGCUAAACCCAAUUAUACAGUAAACUUCAGUGUGAUUGGAGGACGAGAGGAAAGAGGAGUCAGAACUCCAGGCUUUGGUCAAAAGCCAAAGGUUUCAGAAAAUGACUUCGAGGAUCUCCUAUCUAAUCAAGGGUUUUCAGCUAAAUCUGAUAAAAAGGGACCAAAGACCAUUGCUGAGAUGAGAAAACAAGAAAUGUCAAAAGAUAUGGACCCCUUAAAACUGAAGAUUCUUGAAUGGAUUGAGGGAAAGGAGAGAAACAUCAGAGCAUUAAUAUCCACUCUUCAUACUGUGCUUUGGGAAGGGGAAAACAAGUGGAAACCAGUUAGUAUGGCAGAUUUGGUAACUCCAGAACAAGUUAAGAAGUACUAUAGGAAAGCAGUACUUGUAGUUCAUCCAGACAAGGCCACAGGACAGCCUUAUGAGCAGUAUGCCAAAAUGAUCUUCAUGGAAUUGAGUGAUGCAUGGUCAGAGUUUGAAAACCAGGGAUCAAAGUCCCUGUUCUAAAACUUCACCUCUUACAGAAUUUUUUCCAGUAAUAUGAGGCUGAGCCAUGGAGCUGAGCUCUGUCAUGACCUUACUGCGCCUACAAUUUAGGAAAUACUUUUCUGUGAUUUCAGAACAGUUUGAAAUCAUGCGUUUAAAUAUGAUAUAUUUUGUAGUAUAAGGCAUUAUAUAGAUGCAUUAAGCAAACAGCUGCUCAGUACUUUAAGAAUCAGUCUGGAAGUAGAGAUUUCCUUUCAAUUUUAAAUAUGGUAAAAUGGGAUUUUAAUGAUGUUUCCUGGUAUCUGGUAUACUAGUAUCAAUUGUAAAUCAUUCCAGAUCCACAGAUCUUUGUUUAAAGACUCUUUCCCUCAAUUUGUUAUUCUCAUUAGUUUUACGUGAUUUGAUUUUGAUGUUUACCUGUCGCCUUACUCAAAGUGCUUUAGUCAUUGGCAGUGCAUUUGCUUGGCUUAUCUCAAAUCUGAAGGUGUAUAUUUUCAGUUUUAUUUUAUGUAAUCAAUCUGAUAAUCAUUCUGUAAAUUAAAAUGUUUUCAGACAAUACCUGUGUUACUUACAAUGAAUCAACUAGUUGUUUAGUCAAAGAUCCCAGCUGUGGGAAAGUCAGCCAGAAUUGCUGUUUUUUAACAGAUCAUGAACAAUAGAAACAAAUCUUGACUUUAAGAUCUGCAUGUUCCCCUUUUAUUAAUUACAAAUUUUGGAAGGCAAUACUAUCUGACCAGUGCUUAUUUUCCUAGUUCUUUAAAUUGUAUCUUUUGCUUCUGAUUUCAGUGGAAUGUGCCUUCCAAUGGACUUUACUAUGAUAGAAACUGUUAUUCUGAAAGCUGAAGUGCGAGCACAAACCAUUUUACUCUGUUAUGAGUACAUGUUACUUUACAAGUCCUCUGGAGAGCAUUUAGAGUGCUUUAAUUUUUUUCUGCAUGUCUGAACUUCUGUAUUUUGAGAUACGCAUGACAUCAGUGUAUGUGAAAAUAUUAAGGUUCACUGGUAGUGUCACAUUUCUGCUCCUACACUUUCCACGCGCUGGCUGGUACAAAAUAGGUAAAGACCCAACUUGAGAACAAAACUUGCCAUUUUUGUCAUCCAUCUUAUAGUGGCAAUUUUUCAGUAGUGCUGGAGUAAAUAAAUGCCAAUGACCAAUUGUAUAAUAACAAACUGCAAAUCUCAUAGCAAGUUUGGAAAUGCUAAAAGUCAGAAAUGGUGUAUUAAAGUUUUGGUAGCUCUUUCUUGGAACAAUGUAGUUCAGCCAUCUAUGUAGAUAAAGACAUUUCAAUCAUCUUGCCAUUGUAUCUAUUUUUCAUGCUUAAUUUGAGAAGUAACCUAUAACAUUGUCAGAUGCAACUCUUCAAAUGCGCAACAGGAAAAAAUGAGAUUUCUAAUGAUGAGUAAACAGUAUCGUUGCAUGAGGUUUUCUACUGCCAAACCAGCUUGUGAGCUGAUGGGAUAGAAAUUUGUGAAUACGGGGUGCAAUUUAUAGUUGCUCAGAUCUAAGUUAUCUGUUAAUGUCUCUCUGUAGUAGGGUGUGUGUUUGGAUAUAUACACCAUAUAUUCAAUUACUGUGAUUUCUUUUAAAUAUAGAGGCCAGAAUCAGGUGGAAGGUUAUGUAUUAUUCAGAGCUGCAACUGUAUUUCAGUUGCUGCUCCGAAGCAGUCUUAAAUCUCAGGUUUCUCCUUCAUGAAAAUAGGUAACAUCUCAUUUAGAGUAAAGGAACUAAUUUUUUUUUUUUAUUGGGACAUAGUUCUUGUCAUGCAGGGUCUGCAUCCGUAGAAAUUAAAGGCUUCUGCUGGUAGAAUAGAUGUGUUGGAGACCUGCAUGCUUUUUUUUUUUUUUUUUAAACAGGUCUAAAGCAGAUGAUAUAUAGUAAUAGGCUUAAAAAUAGAUGCACCGCCCUGUAGUGACUGGCUGCAUACUUUUUUAAAAAACUGUUCAUUUCAGCAUAUUCAGGGACCUGAAUUUGGAGGGAUAUUUUGCUAGUUUCUUUUCUUGAAUAUGUUCAUGAUUUAAAACACACUGGAAUUUGGAGGAAAAAAUCUUCUGUCUGCUUUGUAUGCUUGGUAGCAUUUUGUGGGUGAUACCAGUUCUCUAGUGUUUUGUUCCCUCUUGUUUUCAAAGUUUUAUUGGGCAGCAGAGAAGAACCUUAGGUGUGAUUUUAAGUGAGCAGGAAAAGAGCAUAGGUGUUUUAUUUGAAACUGAAGAUAUCAUGAAAUCAACUUCCCUUUUUAAAGAUCUGGAGAAUCAUGAAGCUUGGCAGUGGUUUCUUCCACUGGCAUUUCGACAGUAACUGAAAUCAGUCAAAUUUUGGAAGAAACCCUCAACUUGUUUUAUGGCUUAAGCAGCUCUGGCCCUCAGUGAGGGAACUACCUGACCACCUCUAUACUGUUGCUUUCUCUUUUUUGAGUUUAGAUUCCAGGAAUAUAGGAAAGACUCUACAAAUCCAGUAUACUCUAAAAUCUUGACAGUGCUUUGGUUUUGUUUUUGUUUAACUGAUGUUUAACAGUGCUGCAUACAGGAAUGUACAAAAAAGGCAGAGUUUCAGUAAGGCCUUUUUAAAUUUUGAAAUUUCAUUUAGUAAUGAGCAUGAGCACAGUAAAUGCAUGCUGUGUUUAGAUUAUAAAACAUCACGAGGAACAGGUUUAAGGCUUAUACAUUACGUUCUUCUAAUGGAAUCUGGAAGAGGCAAAUCAAGGGGAACUUUAUGUAAACUUAAAUUAAGUCUUAAACAAUGUUGCUGUUAAAGGAGUUGUUCAAAGACAAAAGUCCAAGAAGAUCUAUUUGAACUCCUCUAGAAAUAGCCAUCAGAAAUGGUAAAAGUUGUAUGUAAGUGCUCUUCCCUUUCACACCCUCUGAACUUCACGGUUGUGUGCUUUACAGGAUAGGACUGUACCCAAACCAUCAUAUAUGUAUGUCACUAUAGUUAUAUUAUUAAUGUCCCAUGAAUUGAAAGAAUUUCAAUAUAUACUACAAGAAAAUUGAUUAAGCUGAGACUUGGUCAGAAAGUUUGAAUUCUGUGGAUGUAAAAUGCAGAGUUUCCAUUCCAGCUUGUUAUGCCAUGCACAGUUAGAUUUUUAAAUGGUGAAAUGAAAUAAUGCCCUGAAAGCUAGAUUUUUAUCUGCUUCUGCUGAUUGCAAAACUUGAGGUUCAGGUAAAUGGAAGUGGUGUCACCAGGGCUGAAGAUACCAGACUUCACAUGUGGCACUGAAAGCUCUGUUGUGAAGCUUCUCCUUUUCUCUUGCACCUCAUUGUGCCUUCUGGACCAUGUUUCUUGUUUGAAGUUUCUUUUUGUCUGUUAGUGGAAAAGAAGUGUAACUGUUCAUUGCAGCCUCACAGGAUCCAGUUCUUAAAAUUGGGUAGUGUCAACUGCUAUUGCAGAAGCAAAGUAAAAACAAUGCGAUAUAGAUUGAGAGAACAGUAGAGAACAUCUGGAUUCUAACAGGCAUCUGAAAGUUAUUCCCUCAUUCACUCUUUGCUGGCUGACUUCUGCUUAUGCUUAAAGACUGGUCUAAACUGGUAGGCAAAACGUUUCUGUGUUUCCUGCUUUUCCAGCCUUUUUUGGAAGUGCUACUGACUGAUUAUAGACAAGUGGCAGUACAAGAAGAUUGGCUUUUUUGAAGGUGUUGCUAUGGAGGAGGGCCUAUAAAAUGAGGCUGGUUUCCACUAGUUAUUUCUGAAGUUGGUUGUUAGUUGUAAGAUUUGGAGAGCCGGACAACCUAGCUGUUGAAAGAGAUCAGUGAAUAAGAAAGUGUUAAGAGUCCAUGUGGUAGGACCUGCCAAAGGAGGAAGAGCGCAAUGUUUUUGACCGUCUAGCAGAUACCAGUUGGUUCCAUCUGUUGUUUCCUACUGCUGUCGGAGUUGACUUAUCAGCAGGGAAGAGAAAGCAAAGUGAGCAGUUAAGCUCACAUCCGUAUUAAAUCAAGCAGUUAAUAUUGCUAGUGGGUACUGAUACAGAGGCAUGAAAUGGAGGAAAAGUCCCUCUGCUUUGUCACUUGGGUGAAGUUCAAAUAGUUUGCUAAUCAGUGGUAGCUUUUUCCAGCAGUUAUAGAAAACAAAAUCUACAACAGUGCUAAUUGAGAACACUUCCAUGCAACAGUGACAAAGUUUUUGGUAUUGCAUUUAUGAAUAAUUUGUGCUCAUGAAAUAAAUGCCUUGCUUAUCUGGAUUUUCUUGUUGAUUCCAGAAAGUUCCUCCAAAGUUGUCCUGCCAGGCAUAAAAUGAGUUCCUUCCUGAGUUUGUCUCAAAGCUGCAUGCAGAGGAUUAAUAUGUUGCACUAACAGAACCAGAGCCUGAGCAUAACUGAGGUCUCAGCUGCCCUUUGGGAUUGCUGGGCUACACAAGCUAUUCCACCUCCCAAGACCUGACAACAGCUUCUAGUUGGUGUCAAUGUAUGUUUGCAUGGUCAUUGGCCAUAGCAUUCUUUGCUUUUCAAAGGAAAUAUUUCAGGGGUUGCAUAAAUGUGGUGAUUUUGCUCCUUAGCUUUGUCCUGAAUUGUCUAACAAUUGCAGUGUAAUCAAUGCUUUGUAAAUAAGUUCUGAAGUCCUGUACAGUUGCCUGUGCUUUAUUGGUCAGUUGACACUUUUAUGUCAAGAACUUGCAGGUGAUUGACCUGCCAAAGCUGUAGGAGGAAUGUAUAAUUUCCCACCACUUGAGUCUGUCCCUAGUGCAGAGUGGUUCUGUUUACCAGAUCAUGAGUGGCUGGCAGCAAUGUCCCAGGUGGUUGUGUAUUAAGCGAUGGGAUGACUCAGUUGAGCUGCUGUUCUAAUAUUGAUCAAUCUUGCAAUGUUUGCUUGCUCUCUGAGUGAGCUUAUUGUAAACCGCAGCUUAGGCUGCAUCAGACUUUGAACAUGUGCUCCAAAAAUAACUCAGUCGUUUUAUGAAGGAUACAUGUUUGUCAUGGAAGUUUUUAUUACUAACAGAGGAUUAAGAGGCAUUGUGAGAGCUCCUGAAACCCUCUUUAGUGGAAUGUACUGUAUAUUUGCUGUUUAGUCUUCUAGAAGCAAUUGUCAUCUCCAUGAUGAGGACUUGGCUUGUUCUGAGAUCCUUACUGUAAUUACUAGUAGUUGUGAUUGUACUUUCUGUAUCGGUGAUUUUUCUGAUUUGGAGUGGGCAGAAAGACAAAAUAUAUAUUCGAGUCCUAUUUUUGCCAUCUUUCAUCAGAAAACACAAUGUACUGGGUAGUUUUGCUACUAGUGAAAUGAAAAUCUAUACUUGUAUGUAUAUAAAGGUAAAAUAGUCAAAUUAAACCUUGUUUUAAAAAAAUGAAUAGGUUUAAUGUUUGGCACAAUGUCCUUGAAAAGAUUUUGCUUUGAAAUGUAUUAUGACUUAACCAGUGAUCAAUUAAAA